GAAGAACUCGGGCAAGGCAGUGACGAUGUUUCUGUGUCCUAGAAAAUUGAUUUUCUUGUUUAUUUGGAUUAAUGCAUUGGGRAUUAUCUUCUUGAGCUCUGCUAAGACCGUAGAGGAAUGGAAAACGAGGAUAAUCUAUCAAAUAUUGACCGAUCGUUUUGCUCCAUCUGGGAGUUUACCUACGGUAAAAUGUACGGACAUGAGAGGCUGGUGUGGGGGGACCUUCAAAGGCAUUCAAAAUCAUCUUGACUACAUCACAGGGCUCGGCGCGAAUGCCAUCUGGAUCUCCCCAAUAGUGCUGAAUACUGACAAAGGCUUUCAUGGAUACUGGGCGAAAAACAUUUACGAAAUCGAAUCUCAUUUUGGAACGAAGGAAGAGUUGAAGUCUUUGGUGAGAGCGUGUCAUGAGCGUGACGUCUGGGUGAUGGUUGACGUUGUUGCAAACCACAUGGGGUACCCCCCUGGGACUAACUGGAACACACCUUGGAACUCAACAUUGUUUGACAGAUUCUACGAAAACUUGUAUCCAUUUAACCGAUCAGAAUACUACCAUCCCAAUCAUCCUUGGAUAAAAUGGCCAGAAGAGUGUCAUGAUUUGAAGAAACUCCAAGAAUACUGGCUGGCCAAUCUUCCUGAUUUGAAUCAAAGUCACCCGUAUGUAGAAAAGACACUUCUUCACUGGAUUCAGUACCUCGUCAACGAGUAUGACUUCGAUGGAUGCAGAGUUGACACAGUCAUUCAAGUGCCAAAGCCUUUUUGGACCAAGUUCCAGAAAGCAGGAAAAGUAUUCAUGCUCGGAGAAGCCAACAUUGGCCCUCCACCUUGUUGCGCUUUGAAUUUCACCGCUAGCUUUCAAGGCCCUUUAAAUUCAGUCCUUGAUUUUCCUCUUUUUUGGACAAAUCGGUACAUUUUCCAGGAAAAGAAGCAAAACUUUUUGUCCCUAAGCAAGUAUUUGAAAGACUCGGCAAAAGGAUUUUUAGACAGUUCUGUUCUUGGAGUUUUUAUUGAUAACCAUGACCAUGCAAGGUUCCUGAACAUGAAUCCAAGUUACGUUACCUUGAGAAACAACCUGGUCUACUUGGUUAUGUCUCGUGGUAUCCCACUACUUUACUAUGGGACAGAGCAGGGCUUUAAUGGUGGUGAUGAUCCCAAUAACCGAGAAUCAUUGUGGCCAUACAUGAAUACAAGCCAUGUUUUGUACACAUUUAUCAAACACCUCAUCAAAGUUCGCAAGGACCAAGGAAACGAUUGGCUAAAGACUGAUCAAAUCGAAAGAUAUGUCACCCCCAAUGUCUACUCCUUCUCCAGAGGCAAGCUCCUUAUCAUAAUAACAACUGCUAACAGUACCACUACUGCUAAAAUACAGUCCCAUCAAUAUAAAUCUGGCAAAAACUUGAAGAACUUGCUAAACCAGAAACAAAUGUUUAAGGUAUCAUCCAAUGGGGAGUUGGUUGCAAGAUUGCAGGAUGGUGAGCCCCUGGUACUUGCUGAAAGUGAAAGUACUAGUGGUGCAAUGGCAGUUUCAGUGAUGUUCUCUUUGCAGAUUUACUCUGCUUUGCUUGUGUUUUUUGUUAAAAGAAUCUUGUUGUGAGCCAUCAAGUGAAGAUGAUGCAGAAUGCUAAGUGCAGUAGACCAAAUGUUUCACAUCUUUCAUAUGGCUUCUCAGAUGUGAGUGCUCAAAUCUCGUGGUGCAUCAUGGGAUACAACAGGUGGUAAAAAGUAUUGGACAUUUUAUGUAGGAUUCCUAGUGUAUUAACAAUGAACUAAUCUUGAGCCUCGCUUGAUGUGAAUGUUAAAAAUAAAAAACCAUAGCGUUUGGAUUUCCUGCUACAGUAAGUAAAUAGUACAUAGUCAAGAAAAGAAUCAUAUAUUAAAAUUGAAACAUUGUAUUUCUGUUGAUAAGUUUAGACUAACGAGUCUAUUGAGAACAAGUUCAAUUAUACCUUGACUUGCCUUCAUUCUGUCAGUCUUGCCAAAGCAAACCAUCAAUGGAAAGUAAAAAAUGUAUUCUCAUACAAAGGUUUUAAAGUCCAUUAACUUCAUAUAUUCUAGUAUAGACUAAUAAUAAUAUUGUUAAAGUAUGGAAAGAAAAAUAAAACCAAGCUUAAGGUU